AUGAUCAACUACAUUCUGCUAGUAUCACGACAAGGCUCAUAUUCAGGCAAAGUGCGCCUUGCGAAAUGGUUCUCUACCAUGCCGCCCAAGACAAAAGCCAAGAUCGUAAAGGACGUGACUCAGCUCGUCCUGGCUCGGCGCACGCGGAUGUGUAAUUUCCUGGAGUACAAAGGCGAGUUGCUCUCUGCAGUAUACACCAAGGUCGUAUACCGCCGAUAUGCAUCGUUGUUCUUCGUUUGUGGGAUUGCCUCAGGGGAUAACGAACUCAUCACGCUUGAGAUUAUUCACCGUUAUGUCGAGGUUUUGGACCGUUAUUUUGGAAAUGUAUGCGAACUGGACCUCAUCUUCAAUUUCCAGAAAGCGUAUGCGAUCCUGGAUGAGCUUAUAAUCGCAGGAGAGAUGCAGGAAUCCUCCAAGAAGUCAGUACUGCGUGUGGUCACACAGUCAGAUAGCGUCGAAGAGCAAGAGUCCUCCGAAGACAUUAUAGGUCGUUUGGGAGCUGCACGCGGUUAG